AAAUUGUCUAUCAUUCGACAAGCUUUAGACAGCUGAAGUUUCUUACGGGACACCAAUACUUCUUCUUGGUCCAAGGUUUUAUUUUUGUCAUUCUAAAAUUGAUCUUAAUCCUAAUCGUUUUUUGGUCUAAUUUCCUCCAGAGCUUCAUCAGCGUUUUUCUGAUCAUCUUCACGACUGUUGCCAGCUUCGAAACCAAGGUUUCUUUAUUUUCAAAUUUUACAUCUUCUCUGAGUGCAGCGUGGGGCGACCUCAGAAACAUCUUCACAUAUAUAAUCAGUAAGACAAUACCAGGGUUUAGUAGCCUUGCGCCUUUGUACUAUGUAUCUCGUACUUUUGGUACCGAUAGCUAUAUUCCUGUUGUGGUGGUACGCAAAAUGGAUUUCUAUGAAGAAUUAUUGGAAGAACCUUGGGGUGCCUCAAAGUGAUGUACACCCUAUUCUCGGAUCUUUGACGUUUUUGCAGAAGAAGAAUCCGGGUGUCUGGCUGACUGAGCUAUACCGAGAAUUCAAGGGAGCUCCAUACGUCGGCAUCUGGGUGUUCUGGCGCCGCGGCCUCGUCAUCAACGACCCGAACCUCGCGCGGCAAGUCCUCGUCAAAGAUGCUGAUAUCUUCAAGAACAGGCUGCUGGCGUCAGGGAAGACAGAUCCUAUGGGAGCGUUGAAUUUAUUUACUGUUGAUGAUCCUCUCUGGAGCUCAGUCCGCAGACGUCUGACGAUGCUGUUCACGGGUUCGAAGCUGCGAGGCUGGCAGGAGUUAUACCAGAGCAAGGUGGCGGACCUCGUGUACCGCAUCAACUCUGACAAUGAGAAGGGAAUCACUAUCAAUUUGAGGUCAUUAUUUGCGGACUUCACAACGGACGUGAUUGGGGAGUCAUCAUUCGGGAUCCAGUGCCAAGCCACGAGGAAUAGCUCCGGACCUCUCAGAGCUAUGACCAAGGACUUCGAGCAAUACAACACCUGGAGAGGCAUGUCCUGGUCUUCCAUCUUCUUCUUGCCUGAUAUCGUCGAUAUAUUUAGGUUUUCACUAUGGCCCAAGCACACGGUGGUUUACUUCAGAAAGAUCUUCAAGAUGAUGGUGGAGGAGCGAGGAGGCUACGAAGGUCAGGUGGAAGGCAAGAGAGAUCUGCUUGAUGCUCUGCUGAAGAUGAAACAAGAUGCUGUCAAGGAAAACCAAGAUUUGGAUGAGGACGUCUUAAUCUCAAAUGCAAUGAUCUUCCUGCAAGGAGGUUAUGAUACGUCUUCAGCAGUGCUCACUUAUACCAUUUAUGAAUUGGCUCACUAUCCUGAAAAACAGCAAAUAUUGUAUGAGGAACUCGCAGCUGCCAAGAAAGCUCUCGGAGACAAGAAGUUCGAUGCUGAGAGUCUAGCACAGCUGCCUUACUUAGAUGCUUGCCUUAAAGAAAGUCUAAGAAAGUACCCUAUUAUGGGCUGGAUGGAUCGCCUUGCCCUCAAGAGCUACAAAGUGGAUGAAAAGCUUACCAUCCCCGCGAACACAGUGGUCUACGUCAAUGUGUCUGGCAUGCAGAUGGACCCUGACUACUUCCCUGACCCUCAGGAGUUCAGACCUGAGAGGUUCUUACCAGAAAAUGCAGCAAACAUCGUGCCGUACACGUAUUUACCUUUUGGAGAAGGACCUAGAAUGUGCAUAGGUAAACGCAUCGGUCAGAACACUAUGCGCUAUGCGUUGUCUGCAGUGAUAUUAAACUUUGAAGUAAAACCUCUGCCUAAAUUCCCGACGCCAAAUGAGAUAACAUUUGAAAAGAAAGGAUUAUUCUACAUCCCGGGAAUACCACUCUCAGUUGAGUUUAAACCUAGGAAGUAAUAAUCCAACUUGACUAAAUAAAGUAAUCCAAAAUAUUUUUGAGUUUCCAUAUAAAAUACAUAGGAUUCAUAAUCCACAAAGUCAUAUUUAUGUAAAAAUUGUUUUGUUAAUAAAUAAUAUUUUUUUAA